AUGCCGAGCAUGCAGAGGUUCCAAAGCUUAGACCCCAACUCUCCCAUGUACGUCGACCCGCGUCUCUUGCAGAUCAUGGCGAAGAAUACGCCGCAGGAGCUUGAUCGUGUUGUCAUGCCCGACGGGAUUGAGCUGCUCGGCGUGAAACAGCGUAGGAAAGGACAUGCGCCAAAGCUUGCCCUCGAGGAGAUUCGUCGGUUGAAAGCGCUAAAGAAGGAGGAGAUGGCAAACGAGCUGCACAGGAAGCAGCAGCUGAUGCUGCUCGAUGAAUGUAUCCGGACGCGAAAACCGGCUACGAGGAACGAGACCAAGGAGCAGCAAGCGGCAGUGGCUCAGCUCAACCCAGCGGCCCCCGACAAGGUUAAACUCACAUGCAAGUCAGGAAUCAGAUUCCGCGACCUGUCUCCCGAAUCGCGACGAAAGCUCAACCUCGUGGAGAAGACGCGAAGAUCUGGUCAAGGCAGAGCUCCCGCUCCUCGUGCUGAGGCGGGAGCAGAAGACCUUCACGAUCUGCGACCUUCGCAGCAGGAGAGCAGCGAGGAGAAGACAGUCUCGAGCAGAGCGCUUCUUCAAGGAGACGUGGAGAAGAAGCAAGGCCGCAGCAGCUCCCGUCCGAGAGUCGCGGCUGCUCGACCUGGAAACCGGAGGAGACCGAGACCGCCAGGGAAAGGCGAGGAAGCGAAAGCUGUGAAGGAAGCUAGCAAGGCGCAGGUGAAGGGACAACGAGAGGUGGGGGAUGUGCAUGCCGAGGAGAGAGACGAGCGGACAAGCGACCGUCAAGCAUCAGUGCCCGUUGGGGCUCUGCUUGCGAUGAACAAAGACGAGUCCGAUGACGCCCUGCCCUCCCAGGCUCAGCGUCCCAGAUGGUACGACGUGACGAGCGUGAAGGCUUGGAUGAUGCAACAGAGAAAGAAGACGAAGGAGCGAGAAAAGACCACGAAACAAAAGAAGAUGUCUGCGAGAAAAGCUGUUCAGGCGGCAGUGGAUCGCUACAAGAAGUUGACGCGAGAGACGGCGAAGAGAUUCCUACAGCGACAUGUUGCGAAGAGCAAGGAGACGAAAGAUGGAGAUGAGAAGGAAACCUCGGGAGAUAUGCAUGAGAAGGAGGCCUGUGAGCAGCCUGCUGCAAACCAACACCAGGGGAGGAGAGGAGGAGAAGCUCGAGAUGCAAGGCAGAAGAGGAUGAUGUAUGACAGGGAACGUCGAAGACGAGCACAAGAGCUUGAGAAGAAACCCAGACGUCUCCCGUCACAACCGGAACCUCAAGAGGUUUUGAAAGACUCGACCGGGGCAUCCAACGAUCAGCCAGUGCAAGUAGAGAAGAAAAAUGAGGAGGUCAAGGAGUCGCCCACUCCCCCCUUUAAACCUCCUCCCUCCCCUCCCUCCCCUCCCUCCCCUCCCUCUCCUCCUCCUCGACCUCGUCGAGCUUGGGUCUCUCCCGAUGACGUCGAGCUUGAGGUGCUGAACUUGAUGUGCAGCAGGCGGACAGCAGGGAGGAGGCGGGAGAAGCGACACAAAUCAGAGAGCAAGCGAGAGAAGAUCGAUGAGUUGACGAGGAUGGCUGAAAGCCUCGCGCUCCGGGUGGAAAAACUAUUUGCUGCUGCUGAACAAGAGGAGGAGCGUGGAGGGGAGAGGCAGGUGGUACCGGAAGAGGAAGUAGCAUCUGAGGCGAGCUGGGGGAAGGAGCAGUAUGACAUGAACGCAGCCUGCGGUCAGGGAGACGUCGAAGUUGGUGUCCUCCGACUGAGAAGCAGCAGAGCGCACGAGCUGGAUGGCACCUGGAGAAGUGAAGGAUCAGAGGACGGAGAGGAGGGAGGGGCUUAUGAUCAAGUGGCGAAGGAACAAGGAGGAAGCGGAGGCGAGCUGAAGGCAGCGAAGAUGAAGGAGGAAGAAGUGCAGACCAGCGAGAUCAUCCAAGUUGCAGAACAAGCAAUCCAGACCUACUUUGUCGACGAGCACGAGCACGAGCACGAGCACGAGCACGAGCACGAGCACGAGCACGAGCACGAGCACGAGCACGAGAGGCAGGUAGGCUACGGUUCUCACCUCCCCCCCUCGCGGCUCCUCGACAACUGGUCCUCUUCCUCUUCCUUCGCCGACCAGUCACAUCAGCCAUGGGAGGGUCGACCAGACUUGGACGAGCCUGACGACCCGCUGAGCCUCGCGAAGGUUCUUAAGCCUGAUAGACCAGCUGAGUCUCUCGUCCCCCCGUCCUUAUCGCAAAGACCAGCUGGACUCCAGCAGGGACUCGCAACUGGGCUCCAGCGGGAAGAGCUUCUCGACCUGGGCUGGGAGGCUCCCAUAAGCGCCGAGCGAAUCGUGCGAGGGUUCCUGCCGGCAGAAGAAGUAGAGCAGCUGCUGGUGCAGGCUCGGAACAUCCUUGACGAGCCCGAGAGACGCGCAAGACUAGGGGAGGAGAAGGGAGAGGAGAGUGAGACGGCAAACUCACCCAAGACGACCAAUGAGCAGAUGGUUGAGGACAAGAGAAGCGAAGAAGUGAAGAGAGAAGAAAGCGAGGUGAUCGAAGAAGUGAAGAGAGAAGAAAGCGAGGUGAUCGAAGAAGUGAAGAAACCUGCUAGAGGAGACCCCAGCUUUCCGUUGGCAACAGAAGGAGACCUGCUUGGGGUUCAUCGUGAGCCAACAAGGCAGCGACUGUCGCCGUCAGAGCUGCAGAACAGGCUGAUGACCGAAGUUCAGCUGCUUGAAGACAUCAACGAAUACGAGCAGCAGCUGGAGAGUCUGGUGAGGAUCCAACAAGUCUCGACAGCCCAGCAGGAGUCGGUCGUGCUUGCACAGACUCUCAUCAUGCGCGACGAGAAGCUGGCGGAGGAAAAGCGACGGGAGGAAGAGACGGGCAGGCUGCUGGCGAGCAUGAACAAGGAGUUCGUACAGCAGCUGUCGCAGUCUUUGCACGAGACCACUGACCACUUUUCCCUCGUCCUCCGGGAGCUGACGGCCCAGCAGCGCAAUGACGGGAGGGAGCAGCUGGUGGCGGAGCUGAGAGAGGAGCACGCGAAGCAGCUGCAGGAGAUCACGAGCAUCUUCCGGCAGUCGCUGACGACGCAGCUGGUCGGGCAAGAGAAGCAGAAGCUCGAGAGAAGUGCGGAGGAGGAGAGGAGGCGACACAUGAACCUGCUGGCUCAAGACCCGGAGAGCUCCAACGACAGCGACUACACGGCUGACUUCGAGGACGUCGAGCAGGAGAACCGAUCGAUGAGUCGAUCCCCUGACGAGAUCGGCGAGGAUGCAGAGGAGCUGCACCUGCCUGACGAGAUCAACGUCUCGCGACCCCCCAGCAUCGUGGGGGAUGAGGAGGAUGACCUUGUCCACCUCGCUUCCUCGUCUAUCGAUGAGCUCGAGAAGUCGGGGAGACGGUCGCAGGAGGAGAGCAAAGUGAGGAGCUUCUCGAGCAUCAACGCGUCGGUUGAGCUUCGCACGUCGGUAGAGGGACAUCAUGCGUCGAUAGAGGCGGAGGAGGUGAAGAGGGUGAUGGAGGAGAAGAGCAUGUCGAGGAGCCGGGGAGUGAGUUCAGUAGCUGAAGACUCGGUGGAGGAUGAGGUGAGGAGGGAGGAGAACUUGAAUGUCGUCUCCUUGUCCGAGAAGUACUCGGAGGACUUCGAGGCUGAGACUUCCUUCCGCUCCCGCGAUGCUUCCCGCUUGUCCAGUAAGGUCGGGGCGAUAGGGGUCGCUCCUCAUCCUCAAUCGCUUCCUUCUCCCUCCCACCCGCCUGACGUCUCCCUGACGAGAAGCGCGACGGGGGAGGGCAAGUGGACCCUAGAGGAUGCAGACGUCCCUGCGAUCCUUCGAGAGGACUCUCUGACGCGGCAAGCAGUCGGCGCCUUCCACAAGUCGCUAGCUGAGGAGGAGGGGAGGGUGGAGCGGCAGCUGUCGCUUCUCAAACUUCAAGAGGAGACGCUAGAGGAGUACGCGGCGGCUCAGCUCGAGCGCGUGAGAGCCUUGUACCGCUCGGCCUCCUCGCAGGGCAGCCGGUCAAAGAUGUUGAGGCUCGAGCAAGAGGAGAAGAAGCUGCGUAUGAGACUCGCGGCUGAGAAGGCAGAGCUCAGCAGGCUGAGAGCUAGCAGCAGAGCUGACUUGUGGAAGAGAAGAAUGGAGCUCAGGAUGCAACUCGAAUCAUUCCUCGUUGCGCGCAGAGACACGCUGACGAUGAGGAGGGGACGAGACGAGGAGGAGGAGGAGGAGGAGCCAAGAGAUGCAAAGGAUGAGCGCGUGGCUGACAGGAGGAGGGUGCAGGAGGAGAGCGUUGACGCGAUGCUGUCAGAAACGUCCUUCAGCUCUGACGGCAUGGAAAGCGUCUCCUCCGAUCGCAUCCCUCACUUUCACCAUCCCCCGGGCCUCGCCGACGCCCCAGCUGCUUUCAGCCGGGGCCUCCAUGCCGAGUCUGUGCGCUUUCUUGCGUCUGAACUUCAUCGCAUCGACUCAAUGGCAGAGACGCGGAGCCUGGAGGAGCGCGAGCAGCAGGCGAGGAAGAAGCGCGAGUACGCGGAGAGGCUACUGGAGGAGAAGGAAGCGCUGACCAACAUGCGGCGACGUGAGAUGGCGGUGGAGGCGGAGGAGCGAAGGACCGAGGAGCUGCUGGAGCAUGCUCUGCGAUACAACGUGGACGAGGAGGCGAAGAAGGACGUCAAGGUCCUGCUGGAUGAGUCCUGGACGAAGCCCGUCGACCAGCCAGGCACGCCCUCCUCCAUGGUCGCUCCCGUCGUCGACCAGAGCGACUCUGUGGGACCAUCGGAAGAGGAGGAAGCCAAAUUAUCUUCAGCCGAGAGUAGCAGGAGCGAGGAGAGUGGAACAGAGGCGGGAGAGGGUGGAGGACUGUUUGUUCGUACUGCUUACGAUCCCUUCAGCGCUGCAACGAGCAAAUUCAUCAACCAAGACAUGUCGAGCGAGGAGUCGGAGAGAGACUGGGAAGCCGGAGGGGAGAGCAGGAUAGCCUCGGUGACUGAAGACUACACGCAAGACUUCGAAGACGCUGCGCCCUCUCGCAACAUCUCGAGCUCCUUCGCCCGCAUGGCGACGGAAGAGGUGGAAGAGGUGGAAGAGGUGGAAGACUUAAAGCGCGAGUCUCAGUCAGCGUCGGAAGUGGAGGAACAGAUGGUGAGUCAGGGUCACUCUAGCGAUGGGGCUGCUCCCGUGCUGCAGGAGGAGAUCGUCGACACGUGGAGGAAGAGCGAGCAUGAAGAGAAGAGUCAGCAGGAGGGUCAGCCAGCUCCGGCAGGAGCGUGGUCCUACUCGCUCGAGUUUCACUCUGAUGUGGAGGAUGUGAGGGCGGCGAGCGGGUCAGCUGAGGAUGUGCUGGAGGAGGAGCUGGAGUCUCGCUCUGGUGGCAUGCGAGCGAGUCAUGAGCUAGAGGAGCAGGAGGGAGUUGCAACUUCCAGUGCCGCCUACAGCGAGUCGUUUGUGGAGGAGCGAGGAGACUCGACGAUCCCUUCACUCCUGUACAGCGACUCGUUCGUCGAUGAGGGGGAGGAGGGGGGGACUGCACUGCAUGAGGAAGGCAAGGAGGCGAGAAGAGGAGAAGAGAGACAAGGAGAAGGGGCGAAUGACGAGAAGGAACGAGUGACAGAGGAAGCUGAAGACUCGCGGAGAGACCACCCAAUCCCUCCGUCUCCUCUGCUCGUUGACUCCAAGCACAUGCAUCAACGCCAUUCGUCGCAAGAGUCGGAGGGCUUGGAUGAAGGAGGUCAAGAGCACACGUCAACAGCUCGGGUUGGCCAUGCCGUCGCAAGCGCAACAUCAGCGGGAGCUGAGGGCAAAGCCGGCGAGGUCACCAGCAAGAGCCCAACACGCAGCUCGAGAGUCGCAGAGGUUGUGACGAGCAUCGCUGACGAAAUCUUUGAGUGUUUCCUCGCCGACUUCCUUCCGUCCCCCACCCUCGGACAACUUCAGCCUGUUCGUCAUGCGCCGGGAGCUGCGGAGAAGGAGGAGAGGAUAAUCCCCGAGCGAGGGCUGGGAGCUGCUCACUUCGCCUACGCUGAGCAGCUUCUGGAUGAGCUAGGAGGUCCGUAUGCUGGGGAGAUCGAGGAGCGAGACUUCCUGACCUGGGAGAGAAGGAUGUUCCCCCACGCCUCUGACGACGAUCACAUCAUGCACAAGCUCGUGCUGGACCUCAUCAACGAUACUCUCGCGCACGGCGGCUGUGAAGGUCACGAGCUAGGCAAGGAGGAAGUGCUGCAGAAGCUCGAGAAGUUUGCGGCUGACGCACGCGAGAAGAGCGAAGACAGCUGGUCGAUGGAUGAGGUGGAGACGGCAAGCCUGAAGCGAAUGAUCGAAGAUGAAGUGAUGGAGAUGGAGGGCAGCAUGAUGAGCCUUCAGCUGGACGUGCUGACGGUGUCAAACCUUGUGGCUGACCAGCUGCUGGAGGAGCUGCUGGAGGAGCUGGUAGUCGAGAGCUUCUAG